AUGCACUUUGAAAACAAAAUGGGCAUUUUUAGUCCGGAUGGAAGACUCUAUCAGGUCGAAUACGCUCAACACGCAUCCAAUCAGGGUGCUACAGUCUGUUUGAAUGUGACAGGAGAUAAGAUUCAUGUGUUCUACGAAAACAAACAAACAUCUGUCCUUGAAGUAUUUGAGAAUAAGAUUGUUCCAAUUGGCAAAGACAUCUACAUUUUGUUUAGUGGAAUCAAGCCAGACUCAUACUUGGUAGAGAAGGUGUGUGCUACUGAAAUCUACAUGCACAAAAUGAAUACAGCCCAGGACAUUACAAUAAGAGGUUUGGCAGGUAAAAUAGCAAAAUACAAGCGAGAAUUCACCGUGAAGAUGAGCCACAGGCCACUUGGACUCAAAACAGUGCUAUUUGGCAUUGAAAAUGGAAAAGGUAGGAUAUUCGUAAUUGAAUCAGAUGGAAACUUUGCAGAAUAUGAGAAAUGUGCUGUGGGAUACAAGUCAGACAAGAUCUACGACAACUUCAAAGAUAGUGGAAAGGAUGCGUCUCUCUCUGCCUUGCUCAAUGUGGUACAAAAGAACCAUAAAUUCAUUAAAGGAUAUGAAAUCAAUACAAAUGAAGGAAUCAAAGAGAUUGUGGCAGAAGAGAUUAAGACGAAACUAGACGAAAUGAAUUAA